GGUCACUUCGGCUGUGGCUGCCUGAAUUCCCCCCUUUGUGUUUACACAUCCGGGUUUUCCCAGCUCGCAGCCCCCGCUCCCCAUUUCGAAGCCAUUUUGGACACACAUCACACAGUAACAUGCACGUAAACCCCGGGCGACCUCGCGACGCACGCCAACCGCAAAGCUCUCGACUCUCGCUCACCGCCAGAAAGAACGACAAACAUUCGUCUUGUUCUUGCGCCUUCUUUUUUUUCUAAAAUCAUGCGGGAAUAAGCAAGCCAGCCGGCGGCCCGACUAAUCUACCCCCUCCGUCUUUUCUUCUCUGUGGUGGUGGUGGUGGUUGGUGGUGUGGCGGCGGCGGUGCAUACGAGCCGCGGAAGGCUUUAGCUAGGAGGGGGGCCCUGCGGUCGCUUUGACUACGCCGUGGCUAAGGAGUGGAUGUGCGGGACGGAACCAAAACGGCGGACCUCCGUGGUGGAGCUUUUUAAGGACAGAACAUGUCUUUCUCAUGGCUGACUUGUUCACUUCUGCUGGGAACUUUAUGCGCAGGGUACAGUGUGGGCGAGGCAGAAACACGCGAGUGCGUGUUUUAUAAUGACAAUUGGCGCGCUGAGAAGACCAACCAGAGCGGCUUUGAGCGCUGCGAUGACAAGGACAAGGACAAAGACAAGCGGCUGCACUGCUACGCCUCCUGGCUCAACUCCUCAGGGACCAUCAAGCUGGUAAAGAAAGGAUGCUGGCUGGACGAUUUCAACUGCUAUGAUAGGCAAGAGUGCGUCUCUAUAGACGAGAACCCUCAGGUCUUCUUCUGCUGCUGCGAAGGCAACUACUGCAACGAGCGCUUCACCCACCUCCCCGACUUGAUCGUCAAAAUCCGGCCUCCCCCUCGAGUGCCAUCCAUGCUCAAUGUGCUGGUCUACUCCCUGCUGCCACUCUGUGUGCUCUCCUUGGCAAUCAUCUUGGCCUUGUGGAUGUACCGUCACCGCAAGCCCCCCUACGGCCAUGUGGACCUAAGUGAGGACCCGGGACCCACCCCUCCAUCACCCAUGGUUGGCCUAAAACCCUUGCAGCUGCUGGAAAUCAAAGCCAGAGGGCGCUUUGGUUGCGUUUGGAAAGCACAGCUCAUGAGCGAAUAUGUUGCGGUCAAGAUUUUCCCUGUGCAGGAUAAGCAAUCGUGGCAAAACGAGCGAGACAUCUUCUUGACGCCGGGCAUACGACACGAGAACAUCCUGCGCUAUAUCGCCGCUGAGAAGCACGGCAGCAACCUGGAGACGGAACUGUGGCUCAUCACGGAGUUCCAUGAAAGGGGUUCGCUGACUGACCACCUCAAAGGCAACACUGUGACCUGGAGCGAGCUGUGCCUCAUAGCAGAAACAAUGUCCCGCGGCUUAGCUUAUCUCCACGAGGACAUUCCAAGCAGCAAGGGAGAAGAGCCCAAACCCACUAUUGCGCACAGGGAUUUUAAGAGUAAGAAUGUCAUGCUACGACACGACCUGAUUGCAGUAAUUGGAGACUUUGGUCUUGCUGUUCGCUUUGAACCAGGAAAACCUCCAGGAGACACUCAUGGACAGGUGGGUACACGACGCUACAUGGCUCCCGAAGUGCUGGAAGGAGCCAUCAAUUUCCAGCGUGACUCCUUCCUGAGGAUAGAUAUGUACGCAAUGGGCCUGGUAUUGUGGGAACUAGCGUCCCGCUGCAAUGAGACAGAUGGUACAGUGAGCGAGUACCUGCUGCCAUUUGAGGAUGAAAUAGGGCAGCAUCCUACCCUGGAGGAUCUGCAGGAUGUGGUCGUGCACAAGAAGAUGCGUCCAAUCAUCAAGGACUCUUGGCUAAAACAUCCUGGUCUGAGCCAGCUGUGCGAGACCAUCGAGGAAUGCUGGGACCACGAUGCCGAGGCCCGCCUCUCGGCCGGCUGCGUGGAGGAACGCAUCGGUCAGAUCGCCAGGACCAUUGGCGGGACUACCUCAGACGGCCCCGUCUCGAUCGUCACGUCGGUCACAAAUGAGGACCUACCUCCCAAAGAGUCCAGUACCUGAACACAGGCAGUGCUCCUGACAUUUUUUUAUUUUAUUUUUUCAAACCCAAACUCAGUGGAUUUCAGUGAAUAUUUAAUAACAUGCAGCUGCUAUUUUAUCCCCAAUACCGGUAUUUUUUUCUGGGGUGUCGGAUCUUAGGAACACAUCACUCUGCUGUAGUUUGGACGUAGUAUAUAAGCUAUGCGACAGGCAACACUAAAUGUCGUCAUUACCUCAUGUAUUUUUUUCGUUAAUUACCUCAUAAUUUUUGUAUUUUUUUAUAUUUUGAAACAUUUUUCCCUAGCCGCUCAACCCUCUCAAAUGAACUUUAAGCUCCAAAACCUCUGGAGGAUUUUGAGACUGUUAAUACGAAAUAGGUUCAUCUUCCUCAGGGGUCGAAGCUUCUCUGAUUUUUAAAAGAAACUCUUCAAAGUGUGCUCCCCUAAUUUUUUAACCUGUGAAUGCCUCCCUCCCAAUGGAAAAGGAAAAGUUAGGAAAAAAACAAACAAACGUACAGUAUAUAUGAAUAUAUAUAUCUAUAUAGAUCUUUAUAUAUAAUAUGGAGCACAGUGGUUUUUAUCAAGCUGAAAUGGGUGCUGGACUUGAUGGAGAUUAUAGGGACACCUUGUGGUCCCGCGGGGAACUACCUCUCAGGUAUCCAAUAGGCUUCUUUUUUUUGUGUCCUCUUGCGCGAGAGGGAGAGCCAAGCUAGCUGUCAUUAUGGACAUGUUCCCCAUUUUAAUGAUGACGUUUAUUCAUCCUCAUUGUUUUUAUUUGUAGAGUUACUCCAUUAGCCAGUGCCGUGAGGCAUUGACGAAUGCUGUCUGGAGUUGCAAUGUUACACAUUCUUGAUUUUGAACUGUUUGUGUAUGCGUGUGGAUGCGAUUGAAUGAUUAUGCAGUUACGCACAAAAUGAUUUAUAUCCUGGCCAAAAGUACAUCUUUUAAACAGGAAGGAAAAUGUUUGCCAGUUUACUUAGGCUUAAACAAUUGACAACAGUCCAGUGGGAAAUGUCUUCACCUGUAUAAUUUUAACCAAAACACACACACACACACAAAAAAAUCAAAAAUAUGUAGCUCAAUGUUUGGUUUUUAAAAUCCAGAAGCCACAGAAACCCUUUUUAUUGAUUUACAUAUUUGAAAAUAUUUGUAAAAUUUUUAAUUUCUUAAGUUUUAGUAUAAAUUUUUGGAAAUAUUUUUGGAAAUUUUACUGAGCAAUGAUAGCAUGUACAGUAUGAUUAGAGAAAGAAUUGAGUACAGUGAUCCCUCACUACUUUGCGAUUCAAACUUUGUGCCCUCAGUCCAUCGCGGAUUUGUUUUCAAUUUUAAAAAAAAUUCAGAUGAGCUGUCCCGAGCCAAUCCUGUAGUGUCUCUCCCUGCCUCCGCCAUACUGCUCUCUGUUGGUCAGGCAGUGAGUACACUGGGGUUGCUUUUUAAAGUUCGAUUUGAAGAAUGAUUGCCAGACGUUUGAUCUUGCCAGAGAAGCGAACUUCAAAGCACCGCAUGCGUCAAUCAUCGUUUAACUUGUUAAACAGUUGCUGUGGCAACUCAUUGUGUGUAAGUGAGCAGCUUGAGCAGAUUUGAGUGGACACACUCAAUGAAGCAUUCAUUAAAGCCAAGCAUUUUUCUGCUUUACUUUUGUUUAAAAAGAAUUUGGUGAGACAGUAACAUGUUUAAAACAUAAUUAUUACAUUUGAAGUGCUUAAAAAUCUUUUAUUAAAAUAUAAAUAUAAUUCUUUUUUUUUAUUAUACUUUGGGGGAAAAAGUGGAAAAAACAUGGGAUUUAUAUAUGUGUGUGUGUGUGUGUAUAUAUAUAUAUA